AUGUCGUCUAGACAGGAAGAGAGAGCCGAGAGUGCAGCCAAGGAGGCGGAGACCGCCGCCAAGAAAGCCGCGCCCGAAGGGGAGGAGUCCAGGGGACAGGCUGCGGUGGUGGCCGCCGGUGGUGCCCCCGAAUCGACGGAGCAGCAUCCGCGGGGGGUGCUCGAAAGCCUCCAGGAAGGGACCAAGUCCCUCUUUAGGGCGGUUCACGACACCUACGAGCACGCCAAGGAGGUGGCCACGGGCAAGGCCCACGAAACGGCGGAGAAGGCGGGCGAGGCCAAGGAGGCGGCCGCAGGGAGGGCCGCCCAGGCUAAGGACGCCACCGUCCAGAGGGCAGGAGAGGUGAGGGAGGGCACGGCGGGAAAGGCAAGUGAAUACAAGGAUACUGCCGCGGAGAAGGCGAGGGAGGGCAAGGACACCACCGCACAGAAGAUGGGGGAGUACAAGGAUACCGCUGCGGAGAAGGCGAGGGAGGCCAAGGACACCACCACACAGAAGAUGGAGGAGUACAAGGAUACCGCUGCGGAGAAGGCGAGGGAGGCCAAGGACACCACCGCACAGAAGAUGGGGGAGUACAAGGAUACCGCUGCGGAGAAGGCGAGGGAGGCCAAGGACACCACCGCACAGAAGACGGGGGAGUACAAGGAUACGGCUGCUGAGAAGGCAAGGGAGGCGAAGGAAUCGGCCGUGAAGAAGGUUGGAGAGUCCGAGGAAUCCACCAUUCAGAAGACGCAAGAGCACAAGGACGCAGCGGCUGAGAGGGCGAGGGAGGCGAAGGACGUUGCUGCGAGUAAGACCGCGGAAUACAAGGACACAGCGGGUGAGAAAGCGAGAGAGGGCAAGGAGACAGUGGGGGAGAGGAUGGCCGAGUACAAGGAGUCGGCGGCGGACGCAGCGAGGAAGGCCAUGGAGCUGCUGACGGGAAAGAAGGAAGGAGCGAAGGAGAAGGCGGAUGAGAUGGAUGAAGCAACCAAGGUGCGGCUUUUAGUUUAGUUUCAAUAUUCUUAUGUCUGGGAAAUACUUUUGUGGGUUAACUUAUAUUUCCGGAGGGUAGGACAAGAAAGAGCGCGAAGAAGAUCGAUUAGAGAUGUCUGAAAGCAAGAGGGGGUCAGUAACAUGUAUGUGGAGACUUGGGCGUUAAUAGGGCUACGUCCUGUGUUUCUCUUCUCUGCUGGGUACGGCGAUUGCUGAUACGAGAGUUGUAUCAGUAGCCGGGCCAAUCUUCUUCCUUUUCCUCUUUUCUUGCUGGGGUCUGCGAUAAAUUUACUGGCUCCUGCAAGAGAUGACGGGAGUGCGCGAUGCAUUUGUUUUUGACAGGAGAAGACGAUGGCGACGGAGAAGACGGCGAGAGAGAAGAUGGAAGGGCUGCAUCUGAGGGAGAAAGAAGCGGAGGAAGAACCGAGGCACGAGGCCGAUGAGGCUCGGGACGCCAAGGCGGAGAGGUAUCUCCGUCUCUAUGGACGGAAAUGGUCAGGAAUUCCUGUGUGGUUAAUUAGCCGUUCGUUCGUGUAAACAACAGGGGAGGUGUUCCGGCGAAGGGCGGGAUCUUGUCGGCGCUCAAGGAGAAACUGGUGGGGUCGAGGGACGAGGCGGUGGGGGAGGGCGAUGUAGAGGGUUGCCCCAAGGCGUCGGAGCAGUUGGCUGGGAAGAGCUUCUACGAUGUGGGCAGGAUAGGGGAGGAAGGGCGCACAGAUCCUCACGGGAAGAUGUGA